AAAAUUCAAAUGUUUCAUCUUAAUGGAUGGCAAGAAAUAUAUAUGGCCUAAUAAGCUCAACAUUCGAUUUGUUCUAUCUCGGCUGCAGUUUGCAUGUUCUCCCGUGGGAUACUCCGACUUUCUCACACGUUACAAAGGUUUCAUGACUAUUAUAAAAUUUCAAUUGUAAGAACUCUGAAGGUGGGCGUGGUUGGUUAGAUGAUGCCCUGCGAUUGGCUGGUGCCCAGUCCAGGGAAAUUAAAACGAAUCAAGUCGUUCGCUUCACCUUCCAUUCCAGCAGGUGGCAGUACUUCGCCUCAAUCACAAGAAGACCCCUCCCCUCUUCGGCGGCUGCUCCUCGGUCGUGACGUCACGCAGGCUGUGGCUUCAGGAUCUCCAGUUCUGUGGGCUUUGUGAGGAAACGACGUUGUGAUGUUUAUGUGGAUAACUCAGAUCAGAGACGUGUGAACUCGUGCAGCGUAGGAGCCAUGCUCAGCCCAGCCCAGCUGGAGAGCGGACCAGACCCAUUGAGCACCCAAACUGCUGUGGAUCCACCGCACAAUGACACCGAUUCUACUGAGGCAGCACCAAUUCAAGCAGGUGCACAAGAAAGAAGGCAUGUAUCCGUUGAGGAGACCAACGGAACCCAAAUUGAUAAAACACCUGCAGAUGAAUCUCUUCAACAAGUUACAGGGACUGUUGAACCCUCAGACAACACAGAAGAGAUGGCGGCGGAUCAAGGUCGAAACACAAAUCCUCCAUCAGAGUUGACACCUGAUGCAAACAAAGAUCCCGGGAAUGAAGAACAAAAGUCAAAGAAAAAGGACAGACGUUUCCCCUCCAAGAAAGCCAUGGUAGAUCCUCUGAAGAUGGACAUGACCAAGCCGUUGGUUAUGCCACUCACAUCAUCGGAGCUCUCCCUGCAGUGCAUCGAGUGCCACAUCAUCUUCAGUGACUCCAAGAGCAAACAGCGCCACCUGAAAUUGAGCCACCCAGUCGAGUAUGAGCAGUGCAUCUUGAGGAAUUCGCUUUUCACCUGCUACCAUUGCGAUAGCCACUUCACCAACUCCACUGAGCUCAUGGCACAUCAGAAAACCCACAUCGAAAGGAAACCCUUCAAGUGUCCUCUGUGCGGCCAGGCCUUUAAAAGGUUGUCCGAGCUCACGCUUCAUAAAAAGGUGCACAUUGGGCAGGAUGGCUACACCUGUCCCGACUGUGACAAAACAUGCAAAACAAUCACACUGCUGAAGUACCACAGUCGUGUCCACACUGGGGAGAGACCGUAUGUUUGCAAGGAGUGUGGGAGCAGGUUUAGCAUGUCCCAUGCAUUGCAGAAACAUAGGCAGUCCCACCUGCCCAAAGAUGCCCAGGCAGGCGAAGAUGCAAAAACCAAAGCACAACGGAAAAAAGAGCUUGAUGCCUCAAAACCCAAGUAUCCCUGCUCUGUUUGCAAGGCUACUUUCAAGAGUCCCAAGACGCGCCUUCGUCAUCUUACAAACAAGCACAAUGUGUCCCUCAAUUCACUUGGUAAACCCAUGCGAGCGAGGUCACACACGGAUCACUUUACUCCAGUAAUAACGCCGAUAUCCGUUGCCCAGCCGUCUUUGCUACAGUUGGAGCCCAAUGGGCCUCUUCAGAAAGUCGACGGCAAUAUCGACACCGAGCCAAUACGAAGGCUUAUUGAAUCUUUGGGAAAUGUUCAGAAGGUAAACCAAGUGGUGAUUUUGGGUCAAGUGCCUCCUCAUGCACCACCUUUGGAGGUUCAGCAGAUCUCAGAGCUGUCCAAAGCAGUCAAUUUAAACCUCAACCCGCUCCAAUCAGAUUCUCUGGAACUUACACCGCCGGGGUCCAAGACGGGGGAAGGAGACUUUUCAAACAACUCAUGUGAUCCGAUGGAGCAAACGAUCAUACUGGAACCUAUAACACCCGAUGGACAGUUCAUCAACCCGCCCUUCUCAGACUUGGGCCCACAUAUUGUGUCAGGUGAAAGCCUGGUGCUUGGUUUUGCUCAAAGUGAACACAGGUUGGAGCCGGAGGGGGAGAUGAUGCAUCAAAUUCAUCCACAACUUGAACUUAAUGCAACCAACUCCAAUACGUUUAAACCGUUGGUUUUCCAUCAUGAAGGAACAGACUUCAAGCAAGACCUUGAGCAAACCGUCAUCCUAGAACUAACCCCUGCCCUAACACCACCUGGGGAACUCCAGCAAUCACAAAAUGAACAACAGCCGCAAAUCCCAACUCCCCCUUCAUUGGUGCCAACCACUGAACUGGAUAAAACUCCCUACCAAAGUAUCAUAAAUGAGCAUGAUGCUGGCUCACCAGAUCCAUCGUUGGGGCCUAUUGUUGAGCAGAACUUGACAUCUCUACAAAGUGCCGUUCCACUGAUGGGGCCUGCAGUUGAGCAGAACCUGACAUCUUUGCAAACGACUCAACAAGAUCUCGCCGCUUCCACUUUUGCCUCACCACAGGCAGCCGCGCAGGCGUUAGGAGAAGCUGGAGAUGACUCGCAGGAGAAGACUCAAUCGCAGAUUCAAAACGUCAGUCAAGUUCCGGUGCCCUCAUUAUCCGAUAGUGGAAACCCCCUGGAGUCACGAGAGAAAACUACACAGGGUGAAGAAUUACCGGUUGAUCGAAAGGAGGACAGGAAUCAGGUGGAAAGUCCGUCCAAUGUCACGGAUACUUCUGUUCAAAAGGGCCCGACACAUUCAUCCAGCAAGCAGGGAGCUCAGACCUCAGAGUUACCCGUGAAUGUAAUGUCAGCUCAAGAGCUUGUGAAAGUACGCAAAAGAAAGCCAGCCAGGGCCUUGAUCAUACAAGGUUAUAUGCAAGAACUGAUCGGGUCCAUACUUGAUGAAGAUUUACAAAAUGAUGGCAAACCCGCGAAACGCAAAAGAACCAAAAAGUCCCAUCUUGUUAACCUGAGCCCGCAAAAGAAAGAGAAGAAAAACAAAAAACAAGGAGUGCCUUCUCAGCAAUGCCAAUCCCCCCCAAAAGAACCCACGGUUGAUAGGGCAACAAAUCUGUUACAGAAUAAAGUGCCAUCAAAGAAGAAGGGAAAGAUUGCCACGAAGAGUCAAAAAGCAAAGAGCACGGCAUCUUCGGCUGAGGUCAGGAUGUCGUCGUUAACCAACGAUUCGCAAGGAAGACAGAAAAUGACGAAGAAAAAAAUGAAAAAAGAAGAUGCAGCAAAAGAUCCGCAUAAAAAUAAACAAAAGCCUGCAGUUAAAAAGAAAAUCCAGUCUAAAAUCACGCCAAAGGGUCAUUCCAAGAGUUCAAAGGUCACAAAGAUGACAAAUAAAGGGCGAAAGAAAAAGGACGAGGCAAUGAGCCCCAAAAGCAACCAAACCAAAGGCCAGGCAGAGUCACCUGGCACGCAGGUAACACAAGACUCUCUCCUUUUGCUCAAAGGUCAUAAGCAGCCCCAACUGAAAGUUCACAAAUUGGACCCUACCAAAACAUCUGGGCAAGAAAUUUCACCUCGGGAUAACCCAUCCCAGCACAGCGAAGACAACCCGGCAAACCCCAAAAGCAAGACUGCAAAUAAUCCCGCCGAUGUUGCUAAGAAAAAGGGGAAAUCCAAAAAGCGCCAAAAGACUCUCACAUUGCUCUCCUUUCUAAAGACAUCCCACCAAUCGCCCGAAACCCAACUUGUCAAGCCAAAGACCGGUCGAAAACGCAAAGCUUCCUCAAACGUGGAGACCGAAGGGGUGAUAACCGCCGCCCAUUCCAAGCGAGCAUUAGAGUGUAAAAACUGCGGAGAGAUAUUCACUGAAGUUGCCUCCCUUCAGAAGCACAAGGCGAUGGUGCAUAUUUUAGAAAGUCCCGAGCUCACGUACACAAAUGGCAACAUUUUUGAAGGGGUCUCCAGAUUAGGUGUGAACCAUCAGGAAAGAGUUAUUCGACUGAUGAAUCCGAGCACUGGUUGGGAUCAUGAGCCGGAUUUGGCCUUGGAGGACAGGGAACCGAGUGUCUCAUUUACUGCCGUGAUUCCAUCUCCAUCUUUGCCUGCUGAUGAAGGCGAUGUUCAGUCUGCUCCGAAAGCAUUCCAUCCCAUCAAAAACAGCAAGACUUCUAAUAAGGAUCCUCUCUUUGAAAGCACCACUCCAACAAAGCAAAAUGAAUCUGACAAACCGCAAGAACGUAUACCCAAGAACCUCUGUUUAGAAUCCGAGCACCCGGCCUCCAUAGAAGAGGACAUCAAGAAGGAUGCCGUUCUCGGGGUGGACCUCGUCCCCGAUGGGGUGCGCAGUGGGAGUAACAGCGCGGCUUUGCCUCGGGAUAACCCUUCCCCAAGUGAAUCGGGUGAAGCUGCUAGUUCUGAAGCAAGUAGCUCGGAAAACACAACUGAUGAUCAAGCAACCGAUGUGAGAAGUUUGCAAUCGGUGUCGUGUUCCACGCAACAAGUAGGAGUUAAAGAUGAGGAAGAGGAGGUGUUAGUCCAGAAGAAAAAGGAAGCGGGGAUGGGGGCUACAAGGCGCGGAGGGGUACAUCGGAAAGGUUUGGAUCCAGGUGCCGUCACGGAAACUGAACUGGAAGGAGAGCAGGACGAUUGUCAGGUUAUUUAUGAAAAGCUUGAGUGUAAUUCCCAAAUUACUGAUCAAGAUGAGACAAUGGCACAGACUUCCUUGGCAGAUAUUCAACCCAGACCUGAUCCCCAUCGAAGCCCUUCUACUGCCGCUAUUAUUUCCCCACCACCCUCCAUCGUGGAUGAAUCCAGCGUGUCUCAAAGAAAUUCAGACAGGGAGAGUCAGCCAUCUCCAGGAAUUUAUCUUGAGAAGGUCGUCAGAGCUCAACCCGGGUUGGCUAACCGACAGCCUCACCUGAUAACUUCCACGAUGAAUGAAAGACAGGAUUUAAAGUGCACCGCUGAAAAUGAGAUGCAAGCUGUGAUCAAGGUUGAGGAGAGGACAUCAGAUCCACCGCUUGGCGCACCCUCGUGUCUUAAAGAGAGCGACAAAUCGGGAGCAGGCACGCACCCACAGCAGACCCGAGACAUUCGGACGGUUCUGGUGAAGCAGGAGAGCAGGAUCGCGCUUAAUGACGCCCAGUCCACACCGCAUAACGGACACAGGCGUUGGAAUGUGGAGCAAGUCACUGACCGAAACUCUCCCAGCCCACUCUCAGACGCUGAGGAGACGUCUAGCGACUGCCGCGCGUCCCCUGACUCAAGCAGCAAGCAGUGCAUCUUCUACCCGGUGAAGACGGAAGAGAGGGAACUGCCCGUGGGUGCUGGUAACACCAACAGUGGAACCCCAGACGCAUCCGUUGAUGUCAGACGGACGCCGCAUCCAACCACUGGCUGUCAUUUAUACGAAGGCACUCAGCAGGACCACCAUGAUUUGAGAGGACCAGAGAUGAUGGAUGUUCAUGACUAUGCCGAUGGACAAGCAGAAGCGGAGUGUCAGCAUCCACCAGACAUGCGGCGUUUACUUCUCCAGACUUCUGAUGAGGAGGAUGCAAGAGUUUUCGAGUUGUCGCAACCUCAUGUUGAGGCAGAGGCCGAAGUCCUGGCCUAUUUGGGCAAGAACCAGGGCGACUGCACACAACGACCAGAUGGGACAACACAAACGGUGUUCAAAGCAGGAACUAGAGAGACCACCGAGCCCAUUGAAUACUUCUCCAGAUAUUUUGCCUGGGAAACCUGGGUGGAAAUGGGCCGCUACACCAAUCAAACGUCUAACUGCGUCACCGUGAAGGAAAUCGCCCAGUUUGUUGGGAUCCACAUUGCAAUGGGAACUUUGAAGUUUCCCAGCCCGCGGCUCUACUGGGACAACUUGACGAAGGUGCCCUUGAUUGCAGAAGCCAUGCCGCUUUCCCGCUUCCUUCAACUGUCGCACUUGUUGAAGCUUGCCUCCCCUGCUAAGGAUCCUCACAAUAGCAAUACGAGAGAAAGAACUCGUAUUGACUUUUGUCAUCAUCCUGCAAACAGGAGGGACCAAAGGGGAUUGGCAAAUGACUCCGUGGACCCUUUGUGGAAAAUUGGGCCGUUAUUGUGCCGUUUCCAAAAAGGCUGCCAGACACUAAGAAGACGGGGUGACUUUGCAGUGGAUCAGUAUUUAAUUCCCUUAACUGGUAAGGUGCACAAUAACAGGUUGGCUCUGUAUAGCACCACAUUGAUUGGAUUUGGGGGUUUUCUCCUUCAUGUGGACCUGAAAGCGGAUCUGUGCGAUAAGGAGGAUGCUAUUGAGAAAAUGAUCCCCAAAGGCAGCAAUGUGUUUCUUUGCAAGCAAGAACUCUCCACUCCUGCCAUGCUGGAGCGCCUCCUAGUGGCCGGGAUCCACGGUGCAGGCCGGGUGGGCGGAGCCCAGGGCCAGAUCGGAGAUGAGUUUGUUAGCUCAGACGGCAAGCUGGUGCUGCGCAGGUCACACAGCGGCUUCAUUCUCUCCACGGCAGGAAACUGUCACAGAAGCAUGGCUUCACUCAUCAGCAACUUUGAGAAAGCCCAGGCGGCGGUGCGCCUCAACAGAGAUUUGUUGAAUCUUUACUCCAUCCCGGUUACCACCUCACCUGCAGGUUGGCCUCUCGCUGUGCUCUGGUACCUAACAGAUAUGGCUUUGGUCAACUCCUGGCUCUUGUACAGACACAAUCACAUGGCCACAUUAGCACCUUUAUCUUUUAUGGACUUCAGAUUGGCAGUAGCCAAAGCCUUGAUCCACUCCAGCGGCUCAGACCCUCAGUACUCUGUCCUCCCUCAAUCCUCCCCGGCGAAAGCUGAUGCUAGAACUGACCCACCUAACCCCGGCACAGUAGAAGAAAGCCCCCUCCCCGACGCCGCAACACGGUACGACGGUUCAGGCCACUGGCCAGAGCAGUUAGCUGAGGGCGAAGGGGGCAGAUGUCGUUUUGGCGACUGUCAGAGGACAUCCCGAGUUCUGUGCCUCAAGUGCUGUGUCUUUCUCUGCAUCUCGCGCAACCACAAUUGCUUUUUGAAUUUCCACAAUCAGGCAAAUUCGGGAAGCCUCUAGCACCAGAUCUUUGUUUCAGUCUUACUUUUCUGCAUGUUCCUAUUUUGGUCAUGAAUGAGGUCACCACAAGCUGUUAGUCGCGUCAAAAUAUUCAUGAAUUGAUGAGAACAGUAACACAAACAAACACUUUGUCACACCAGUUGUUGUUUUUUUACUUUUUUAAUGCUUUUGCAGUGUGACAGUCCAUGUAGAAUAUGCUUAUCUACAAAAAUUCCAAAAUAAGUUACUUUUAUUUAUUUAUAACUGUUAAUAGACAAUGUUUCCUCAUACAGUGGCUGUGAUUUGAAUACCCACCAUCCCAUAAAGGCCAGGCGUUUAAUCGGAAAGAGGCUUUUAUUUGUACAGAUGCAUUUUUAUUUCCCCCCCCCCGAAAAAUAAGUAAUUAAAACACUAGUGCAAUAUGAUUCUAAAAUGUGUUACCCUCGAUUGUUAUUACUGCUUGCAUGAAUCACUAACACAUUGUUUCCGAUGAUUUUUCUGGUUUGUUCUACCUGGAAACUUUCUGUUAAACUUUGCAAGUCAAUGUUGCAUCCAGCAACUCUUUGAAAUCCAUCAAAAACGUCAGCUGUGCAGAUGCCACCUGUUGUGGUCAAGACCUGUGCUGUGACACAUGGUGCUAUACAACAGCCACCUAUUAGUGCCAGAUUCUUUUUUUUCCCGGAUGAAGUGUCUGUUUGAGGUACAUUUUUAUUAUUUAUGUCGCAGCCAGCAAUAAAUCUCUUGUUGGAGGCUACUAUCAGGAAAGUCUGGGUGUUCAUUGGGAAAAAGGCCCUUACAUGCCCUUAACCAGUAUAUUGGAACAGCACUAAAUACGUCUAUGUUGUCUUGUUUUUGUCCUCCCUCCUUCACAAUGAUAUGCACUACCCAUGUUGGGCUUCUGAAACAUUUCUGUCAUGAAGUAACAACAAAAAUGAAACAAAUUGUCAACUAUGUGACCUUUCAGAGUGUGUAAAUUUGGCCAAUUUUGCACACUAUUAAGGCUGUAUUUACCUCCACGAACAAGGUAGCUUUGUCUCAAGUUCAUAUCUUUGUCUCCUGUCACAAGUUAUUUUUUUAAUGAUUUAACACUUCAUGUGUGUGUUUCUGAAUUGCGACUAUUGUUUCGUCUACUGUUGAUGUGUAAAAUUAUUUAUUCUAUUUUAUUUUUUUGAUUGGGAGUCUUGAUUGAAUAAAGUUGCAUUGGAGAAAAGUAUUAUAGGGGAAUGCAUAGCAAAAACGCCUUGGAAUCAUUUAAACUUUCUUUUUCUGUUUUCACUGAAAACUUCCCAUGAACAUACUUGUAUAAAAUAAUCCAAAACAGCA